UCAUUAUGGAAGUCGAGAGUAGAUGGCGCCACAUCUGGAGCGUCUUUGCCACCUUCCUCAAAUAGCGAGUUCGCAACCUCAGAGGGUAUCUCCCCAUCGAUUCCGUCAGGCCCUUGGGACUCCUUAGGCGAUGAAAGCCCCGAAGGUCCGGGAUGGGACCGCCAAAUUUGGAGGAAUCUAAACCACGCUUUCGCAUCAAAGGGUAUGGCCAUCGAAAUAGUAGUCCCUGCUCUCUGGUCUGAAGACAUUCUCUUCCAGGCUCUCUUCGAAAGACUGCUAACCAUUAUUCCAGAGGUGUGCCUCUCUGUGCAGCAUGGGAAGGCAGCCCACUAUAUUGAUAUGCAACACGAUGCUCCUCAUAUAGAGGCCCCUAGAUCUAACCGUGGAGCUGGGAUUGCUGGGAUUCAGACCCACCAAUGA